AUGCCGUUUUCGGACAUUUCGUUAUCUCAAUUAAUGGAAUAUUCUUUUUUAUUGCAGGUUGGUGAUAUGAUUACAAUUGAAAAACAUAUCUCAUCCACUCUUUCACCUCUUAAUGAUACCUCCGAAACCCUUAAUACUACAUCUUCAACCGGUUCAAUAACAUCAACUAUUAUAAAAAAGAACUAUUCCGAUGAUGAUCUAAGUAGAUUACCAAAAAAAAUUGCAAAACGUAUGGAUAAUUUUAAAGCACGUAGUUCACAACUUGAUCGAGAAAAAUUAGAAUCCGCUCAAGAUCCAUUUCGAGGAUUUUUUACUUUAUUCUGGAUUGCAAUGGGAUUCUAUGUUAUACAAACUUGGUCAAAAAACUUUGAAUCGGCUGGAAUUUUAUUUGAUUUAUCAUUCUUUAGGUUACUUUCUCAAGAUGCUAUAGGAUUAAUUAUUAGUGAUGCUAUUAUGAUUGGUUCUAUGUUUUUUGCUGUCUUAUUACAAAAGUUGAUCGCAAUGCGUUGGAUUCGUUGGAGAUAUACUGGAAUGAUUAUUCAACAUUUAUUCCAGAUUUCUUUCUUGUUUGUACCUAUUUACUGGACAUUUGUAAGAAACUGGCCAUGGGUUCAGAGCGGGUUCUUUGUCCUUCAUACAAUAUCAAUGUUAAUGAAAUUACAUUCAUACUCAUUUUACAAUGGUGAAUUGUCUGAUUGGUCCCUUUGUUUGUCCGAUCUUAAUAAAGAAUAUUCAAAUCUACUGGGUGAAUCAAAAAAAUCUGAUAAUGCUACUGAAAAAUCUGCUCAACUGGAUGAAUUAAAAGAAAAAAUUACGCAAGUUAAAGGUUAUCUUGCUGGUCCUACAAAAAAUGUUAAUUAUCCAGAUAAUAUAACUUUUAUGAACUUUAUGGAUUUUUUAUUGGUACCUACUUUAGUAUAUGAAUUGGAAUAUCCAAGGACUGAAAAGAUUCGUCCUUGGUAUGUUUUUGAAAAAAUCGUAGCUACAUUUGGUACCUUCUUUUUGUUAUAUGUCAACACUGAAACAUACAUAAUCCCUAUUUUGCCGAACGUUUCAACUUCAAUUUAUAAUUCUAUGAUACAAAUGUUAUUUCCUUUCAUGGUUAAUUAUCUAUUGAUUUUUUAUAUUAUAUUUGAGUGUAUUUGUAAUGUUUUUGCUGAAUUGACAAGAUUCGCUGAUCGUAAUUUUUAUGAUGAUUGGUGGAACAGUACAACUUGGGAAGAAUUUGCUCGAAAAUGGAAUAAACCAGUACACCGUUUUCUAUUACGUCAUGUAUAUCAAUAUUCCAUAGAAUCUCACAAACUAUCAAAACGUGAUGCAACAUUUAUGACUUUUUUCUUGUCUAGUCUAAUUCAUGAAUUAGUGAUGGUAGUUGUAUCAAAAAAGAUUCGAAUGUAUUUGUUUUUCUUACAAAUGUUUCAAUUACCAUUAAUUGCAUUGAGUAAAUUACCAAUUGUUAAAGAAAAAAAAUGGUUAGGAAAUGCCUUCUUUUGGUUUGGUUUGUUCUUAGGUCCACCUAUGUUAG